UCCAUUUUAAAUUGCAAUACACCUCUUCCUCGUCACUAUCUUCAUACCUCAAUAUAUUCUUUCACCCUGUAUAAAACCCUCUUUUCACAAUUCUCUCUGACUGAAAAUCCACUAUCUCUUGCCUCAUCUUCUCUCCACUCACAAAUCUCACCACUAGGCUAACCUUACUACAUGUAGAAUGGAUAUUCCCGAUGGCAUUUCUUUCUCACCAGAUUCCGUGCUGGUCCUUGAAGUCUAACUGUAGUUCUGUGCUGUUAUUGUGUAUUUUCUUGCCAGAAAGCUUGGAGUUGUCGAUAUCUCUUAGUUUGAAGUGGGUAUCUUCUCUAUUUUUCUUAGCCUUCCAUUAGUCAGUGUUGAUAUCAAGGUUUAUAAUUGCUUGAUCGAUCAACUUGCAUCUCUUAAAAUUUGAUUUAGUACAGUUAAUUUUACAAAAAGUUAAGUUUUAUUCUAAAUUGAAAAUCAGUAUCUCUUUAGAAAUACUCAAUC